AUGUCUUCCAACGCAAACCAUCUACUCGCACAUGAUCGAGCUCGGCGCGCUGCACGCCUGCAGGCUCAACAAGCUCGGCGCAAUGCCCGUCAACAGCAAAUGCUAGCCCAGCAGCAAGCCCAGCAGCAAGCCCAGCAACGAGCACAGCAGCUUGCCCUCGCUGCUCAUUAUCCUGGCAUCCACCCUGGACUUAUGUUCCAAAACUUUGGCGGCAUGCAAUGGAACCCUCCUUACCAUGGCAACCUGCAUCCUUUCAUCCAGCCUCCAGCUUUGCAUCACGCCCACCCAAUUCACGCUAUUCCGGGUGCAGCCAUUCACAAUCAUGCUUUGCCAAAUGUCCCUGCCAUCCAGAAUGCCGCCGUGGUCAAUCCUAUCGUCCAUCAUCAGAACAUCAAGCCUAAGCGCAAGCCGUACGUCAAUAAGCCUAAGCCUAAGCCUCAGCUGCGCAGAGAUGGAACCUUUCCUUUCAUGGAGCUCCCAACUGAGAUCCGCUUCAUGAUCUACAAGCUCCUCCUCGAGGAGAAUGCCAACCCCCUCACUCUCCUCACCCAGGGUAACGCAGGUCAUGAGGUAGUUCGACGUGGUUUCCUGAACAAACAAGACAAGCCCACCAGCGGAAGACAAAUGCUCUUGAAAACCGUCCACAAGGCCAAUGACAAGAACAUCACACACCUCACUCCCGCCAUCCUGCGCGUCUGUAAGCCCGUCUAUCGAGAGGCCGCCCCUAUCCUUUACGGCCAGCCCCUGGAAUUCGAGCACCCCAUUGCUCUCCAGAAGUUCCUCUUCAGUAUCGGUCCCGACAACCGUCUCCUCCUGCAGCGCAUCGUUCUGCGCGGUUGGCAGAUGAAUGUAUUUCCCGUGUGGCUACACGCUCUGUCGUCCGCAUUCGAAAGACUCUUGUCCGCUCGCAACCUCAAGGAAAUUCUAAUGGAGCGCCACACGGCCUCCGGUAGCGACCGUGACAGCGUUCACCUUGACCCCCAAGGCUGGAAGUUCCAAGCUGAAAACCUCAGUGAGCACAUCGAGUUCUGGGCCCAAUGCCUCGACAUCGCCAAGGGCAAGGGCACUGCCAGAUCCCUCCUGUUGUUCAGCGAUCGCGUCUUCGCCUCGGAGGACAGCAUCGACCAGGGCAACGAAAUCUUUCUUGAGCGCAAGAAGGUCUUCUUGAAGGAACUGAGAUUCAGUUUCAAGUGA